UAAGCACACAAUUAAUUAAGCCAUGUCAGAUAUUAACGUGUAUGUAACUUCAGAGUUCACAUCUUCAGAAAGAAGAAUUUCCCCACAAUGGACUAUAGAAUUUCUUAGAACAAAACUCGAGUUAAUUACUGGGAUUGCUCCAGAUAAACAAAUAAUUCAUUACUAUCCAAAUUCUAAAUCAAAUGAAUAUAUCGAAAUUUGGGAUAAUGAUCAUAAUUUACCAGAAGAAAAAUCUCGAGAAUUAGGACUUUUCAAUAUUGUACCAUACUCAAGAAUUCAUAUAUUGGAUGAAGAUUCAGAUUCUAUUAUGAGUAAAGUAAAUAAAAGUGCAGCAGGUGAAGAUUGGCGUGAAUUUAAACUUUCAGAAGAAGAUUAUGCUAAACGUCAAGAUUCAGCAUUAAAAUGGAAAGAAAACAAUAAGCUUGGAAGAUUUGAUCCUCAAUUUCAAAGCAUAAAGGAUAGAAACAUUGAAGAGAAUCUCAAACUUUCUUCAAACAUAUCUGUAGGUGAUAGAUGUAGAACCAUUAAUAUCCAAGGUGAAAGAAGAGGAGCAGUUAAAUUCAUUGGGAAAGUUCCAGAACUUGAUCAAGGAGAACAAACUUGGGUAGGAAUUGAAUUUGAUGAACCAGUAGGAAAGAAUAAUGGUACAAUUGAUGGGAUAAGGAUAUUUGAAUGCCGAGAAAACCAUGGAAGUUUUGUCAAACCUAAACAAUGUGAAGUUGGUGAUUUCCCUGAACUUGAUCCAUUUGCAAGUGAUGAUGAUGAAUUAUAAGGAGGUUGGAUGAAAGCAAAGAAGUAUAUGGAAGGAGUAUAUUUGAGAUGUCUAAAUAUACAUUA